CCGGCUCUGUUUCCGCAGAGCUAUAAAAGAUCCUCCUCCAGAACCCAGAGGAACUUCAGCUUGUCCAUCUCUGCAGACUAUCCGCAAACUAUCCGCUGAAACAUGGAUCCCUGCGACUGCUCCAAGACUGGAAAAUGUAACUGUGGAGGUUCGUGCACCUGCACAAGCUGCUCCUGCAAGUCCUGCAAGAAAAGCUGCUGUUCCUGCUGCCCAUCUGGCUGCAGUAAAUGUGCCUCUGGCUGUGUGUGCAAAGGGAAGACUUGUGACAAGAGUUGCUGCCAGUGAGGAGCCUGAUCCAUCAACCCCUUCUUCCUGUGCUGAGGAGCCUUUCUUUCUUUUCCAUGUUGCUGAUUUGUGGGAAAUGUGUUUUUGUACUUGGCUUACAAUAAACAUGUCUAAUCUAGAA